UUUAGAAUGGGGGACGAAACACCAGUUUUUGUGCCAAGUGUUGAAUUAAAUUCUCUUCAUAAAAUGCCUAGAAUUGGAUUUGGAACUUGGCUUUUAAAACCAGAAAAUGUCGGAAAUAUAAUUAAAAAUGCUAUUAAAUGUGGGUAUCGACAUUUUGAUUGUGCUUUUGUUUAUGGAAAUCAGAGGGAAAUUGGGAAGGCUUUAAAUGAAGUUUUUCAAGAAGGAAUUGUUAAGAGAGAAGAAUUGUUUAUUACAAGCAAAGUUUGGAAUACUUUUCAUAGUCACAAAAGGGCUUUGAAAAAUAUUGACAUGAUUUUGAAUGAAUUGGGAAUUGAGUAA